AUGGCUGAAUGUGGUCACUGUGAUGUGCUGGAGCAUCUUAAUCAUAAUGAUAGGGGCAGGAAGUAUCUCAUUGCAGCCACAUCCCAAACUUUAAUCCAGGAAAGUGGGCCAAGCACUGUUCAUUCUGCAGACAGCCAGAACCAAUGUCUAGAGCUUGUCAUUGAAAAUGGUUUGGAUGUCAACACUCUCUUGUCUGAACACAUAACUUCAAAUACUUAUGAUGACAGAAGAGGGACUGCACUUUGUUGUGCUGUUUCUAAUAAUGAGAUUCUUCACACCAAAAUAUUGCUCAAAGCAGGAGCAAAUCCAAAAAAGGGUCCUUUAAACUAUGUUCUCAUAGCAGUGAGAGCUGACUGCCAUGGAAUUGUAAAGCUACUCCUGUCUUAUGGAGCAGAUGUCAACUUAAUUUUGUUGCUUAAUGAUUCGCAUUUCCCCAAUGCAUGGUAUUCUUUGAGUGGUGACAUGAUGCUGAGGCUGUUGCACAGUCAUGGAUAUAAUGUGGAGAUGUGUUUGGACUUUGUGUCAGGUAUCUUUGGAAAUUCUUUUGUGUGGCCAGCUCCAGAGCUUGAGCCUAUUCCCUGUUGGACUACUUCUUCAAUAAACAAUAAACUAAUAAAUACAUACAUUCCUUGCUUCUCUUCACUUGGCUCUUUUCGUUAG